UUCGUAUUAUCCCAAAACAUUUACUGUCUCUAUAGAAAAUGGAUAACAUUCUGGGAUAGAACUGCUCUUGUGAGACAGAAUAGGCUCCUAACAGCCAUUAUUGGGUGGUAUUUCCACAUUCAUUCCAUGGUAUAGCAGUGUCCUUCCUAAAGAAUUUUCCAUUAAAUACUACAUUUUGGUGUGUGUGUCGCUUUCCAGUUGUCCUCAAGCAUUCCUAAAAAAUGCAUGGGCAGCUUUCCCAGGGAAUUGUUGUGGGAUUGUCCAAGUGAUUUAAACCAGCUGUUGCCAAAUGCUAUAGGGCCCCCAUUUACAUUAUUAAGCAGCCUUUUGGAAAAUGGAAGUGUUCAUUUUAAGCAUUCUUUUGUCCAAUUGGUCUAUCGCUUGGAUGACAGACAGGAGCUAAAUAAAACCAGGUGCUCGUUUUGCUUUGCAGCACAGCGUCUGAGGGAAGUUCAGAGUGGUGCAGUUAGCGAGUGCCUGGUCCCGGGUUAUUAGUACUGUAGUACAGAGUAGACACACCACCACCUAAGGAAUUUGCAGGCUGGCUGAAAGUCUGCUGUUUGUUUGUUUCAAGAGGAAAAAUAUUAGGGGACCAAGAAAUACUUUGGGACUUGCUGUGAAGACUGUGGAAGAAACUUACAAACUUCAAAACAAUAAGAAUGCUUUCAGUGCUGCUGUUAAUCCUGCUGCACUUCCACUUAGGAAGCACUCAGCCGUGCUCCCAGGGGUUCCAUGCUGAGCAACAGACGGGACAGUGCAUAGAUAUUGACGAGUGUCGGUUGAUCCCGAACACCUGCAGAGGGGAUAUGAGGUGUAUCAAUCAGAAUGGAGGAUACCUGUGUGUUCCACGGACAUUCGGGGGAGGUUCCACCUAUGCGAGGCCGAACUCCCCAUCCUUUCCUGGCUUGACUUAUCCAGAUUCCUCAGUGUCCUUCUCAAAUCCUUUCCCACCCGCCCCUGUCCCUGUUCCAGCACCUAACUUCCCCACACCAGGAAGAUCGAUCCUCUGUCGGUUUGGGUACGUCUUGAGCGAAGACAACCAGUGUGUCGACAUAGAUGAAUGUGCCACUGAUGCUCAGCAGUGCCACCCCACCCAGAUCUGCAUCAACACGGACGGAGGCUACACUUGCUCCUGCACAGAUGGCUACUGGCUUGUUGAAGGACAGUGCCUGGACAUAGAUGAGUGCAGGUAUGGCUACUGCCAGCAGCUGUGUGCCAAUGUGCCGGGAUCCUACUCUUGUACCUGCAAUCCAGGCUUCAUCCUCAAUUCUGACAGCAGAUCAUGCCAAGAUGUGGAUGAAUGUGAUGGAGAAAACCCCUGUGGCCACAACUGUUUCAACACCUACGGCUCCUUCCUGUGCCGCUGUGAUACUGGCUUUGAGCUGGGAGCUGAUGGCGUUACCUGUGAGGAUAUGGAUGAAUGUAGUUUCUCAGAUUUCCUCUGUCAGCAUAAGUGUGUGAACCAGCCAGGCUCAUAUUACUGUAUCUGCCCUGAGGGGUAUUCAAUCUUUGAGGAUGGCAGGGAGUGUCAAGAUAUCAAUGAAUGUGAGACUGGUAACAACAACUGUACAUCAGCACAAGUAUGUUUCAAUUUCCAGGCAGGAUAUAAAUGCUUAGACCCUGUCAAUUGUGAAGAGCCUUACAUCGAACUUGGUGAAAACCGCUGUAUGUGCCCUGCAGACAACAUUGGCUGCAGGGAAAAGCCUUUCACAAUCCUGUACAAGUACAUGGAUAUAGCUGGUGGGGCGCGCAGUGUACCCACCGAUGUGUUUCAAAUGCAGGCGACCACUCGCUACCCUGGAGCUUACUACAUCUUCCAGAUUAAAUCAGGCAAUGAGGGCAGAGAGUUCUACAUGAGGCAAACCGGCCCCAUCAGUGCCACCCUGGUUCUUACGAGACCAAUCAAAGGACCACGGGAGGUCAUGCUGGACCUAGAGAUGGUCACCGUCAACAGUGUGGUUAACUUCAGGGGCAGCUCUGUCAUCAGGCUGAUAAUAUUCGUCUCUGAACACUCCUUCUGAUCCCCCGGCCCUGCAGAUACACAGAGGGCACUUUCCCUUUCUCACUGUGCAGCUUGUCUUGUUUUAAUGGAUCUGUUACUUCAGGCAUCUGUAAUCAAAAUUACAAACUGAGAAUCCAGUGCUUUCUAGAAUGGAGCAGGGUUGAGCCAUUCCAGCAUGGUGUCAAAAUAUAUAUUACAAUCUACAGGCAUCUACUACACAAUUUUUUCACUUAUUUUAUGGUAUAGUAAAAAUCUUCCAAACUCACCAAUGCAAUUUAAAUAGUAAAACAAUCACAGGGUUAUAGAUUUACUGCAUUAUUUCAGUGAGUUUAACCGUACACAUGUAAGGCAUUUCAGCCUAGUGUGUUGUAUGUGUAGUUCAUAAAGUAAAGUAAUUGGCCUAUAAACAAUGUUAAAGGGGAUUCCUGUCCUUAAUAAAAUUGUUUGUUAAACAGAACUGGAAAUAAUUAUCAUUCAAUAGUGGCCAAAAAACCUAGGCUUAACACUUUUUUUCUGUGUAUAAUAAAAUAAACCUGACGAAUAUGUUAUUACUAAUACAUACAGAACAUGACUGCUGCCAAAAAUACAAUACCUCCUAAUCACUAAAACAUAUGAGUACUGUUGAAUUUUGGCAGUACCUUAUGAAGAGAUAUAACAUGCUAUACUGUUUUUUUUUUUUUGUUUUUUUUUAAUAAUUCCAGCUUUCAUGUAUAUAUUGAAUUUGUUUCAAUGAGAAAACCUUGUUGGGAGGGGCACAGAUAAAUUCCCCUUGUAGGUGUUAUUGCUAACCUUUUAUUUUACUUUACCGCCACCUGUUGGACACAAUUUGUAGUUACGGUGGGGCAAGUGCCUCUGUGUGAAAAACAAGCAAGAGUGUGUCAGACUUCUAUGAUGCUUCAGCUGUUAGUACUAGCCCUGUAUGGAAUGCGCUUAGAUGCAAUACUAUGUAAAUACCAGGGCACUUACAGUACAUAUAGAGUAAGUGUAGUAUCAGCAGUCCACACAAGCAUGUUUAUAUUGUUAAAUUCUGCUGAUAUCAACUUGAGCAACUUUGCUUAUCAAUAUUACGAAUGGGGGAAGAAUUACCAAUGUUUUCUUGUCCAUUCCUUCUGUAAUAUAUUUCUGUGUACACAGCCACACAGUGGGCCCUGGAGCCUAACAGGACAUUUCCAUCCAGCAUAAUGUGAUUCUAUUAUGUUCAAAAGACUGAUUCAGAGUUAAAAAUCCAAUAAACUAGCUAUUCUACAU